GUAGCCCUCCACAGCUUCAGAGACCUGUGGGCCUUCUGGGCUGUCCGGGAAGGUCUGUCCUAACCAUGCUUCACUAAGGCACGAAGUGGUUCCUCCGGGUGGUGGACAGAGACCAAGAAGUCUCUAGUGCUCCGCGGCGUGCGGGGACCCCAGGACCCUCGCUCGCCCCCAGGCCGUCUUAUCCGGAUCUUGGGAGGCGGCAGUGAAUGGAGCCCCGCAGCCCUGGUGUUCUUGAUAUUCUGGCAGCAGCGGCGGCAUCAGCAAGGCCAAGGCAUGAAGGUCGCUGUGUUGGACCUGGGGUCUCUCUUUGCCAAGAUCUUCAAGACCUCGACGGCGUCCCCCACGCUCCCCAGCCACUCGGGAGGCGCCGCGACCCCAGGGCCGGGGGGCUCCGGCGCAGGCACCUCGCUGAUCUUGCUCCCGGCGCUGGUUCCCGACCCCGCGACUCCGCGGGGGCCACAGACCCCGCUGCACCCCAGAGGCUCGGCCACCAGCCGCGCGAUUGAAGCAGCAGGUUCCCCCUUGUCUCUGCCCGCUAGCCCCAGAGCCACCAAGGCGCAGCCCCCGGCCCCCUCUAGCCGCGGCUGCAGCGCUCUGGGCUCCCCGGCUGCCCUGGAUGCCUCCGCGCUGCCGAUGACUGUCUCCAACGCGGCCCCUGUGGGCAGCAGCAGCGCAGCCGCUAGCUGGCGGAUCCCUAGCCAGCCGCCUGGCGCCGGAGAACGAGAGCCCAGCGCGGGGAUGGCCCCUGGGCCUGGCCCCAAAGCCCCGUUCUUCACUCUGCCGGAUAUAGGCGAGGAGUGGGCCUCGGACUGCGAUUCCCAGGAAGGCGGAGAAGAACACGGAAGAGGACUUUCAGAAGGACUUAGAAAGCACAGUUCUCCUGUGAAAAACAAAGACCCUCUACCUACAAAUUUUACAAGAAAUGUACAGAAAGCCAUUGAUAAAUAUGCAUGUGAAUCCCUGUUGUCCUUUCCAUCUAACGGGAGCCAAACGCCCACUGAGGCUCACAGUUCAUGGCCUGAGUCUUCCACGCAGAGCUCCACCACCGGCUUGUCCACAGAGAGGAGCUCAGUUUCUUCUUGGAGAGAUGAUGAAUUUGACAAAGCCAAUGCUCAGAGAGUUCAGCAGCUGUUUUGGGAGGUUGAGGAAAUGCUAUUUGAAGGGAAAAUAACUCCUCAGACCCAGAAUCUUCUGGCCGAAUGUAGUGAAUGGGCAAAAAGAUCCCUCCAUCUCAGGGUGUUAGGAAGACAGCUUAUCCCACCAACCGAUGAAGGAUUCCAACACUUCCAGGGGCGUCUGCCUGGUUCUGCCAACCACAAGACCUUAUUUCAUGUCCCUGACCACAGCAGCAGCAUCAGAGAGUUGUGCGUCUCUGGUUCUCAGAUAGUCCUGGAGGCACUCAAAACCUCUGCCCUGCCAGGCCCUGAUGGCACAGAGAUAGCUGACCCAUUAGGUUCAUCCCUGGAAGAAGAGGUGUAUCACGUGGAUGGAAACAUUGAAGAGUAUUUUGCUUUUGACAGAAAAGAGGAUGGAGAUGAACAUCUUGAACAAAACCCAGCACUCCGUGGCAGGAAGUGGCGUCGACAUGGGCUUCCUCCCAUUUCUCCCAAUGACUGUAUCAGAGAUGCUGUGGCAGCAGAAGUCUUUGAUUGUGUUUGGACCAGUGUGGUUGAAAUACUAGAAGGCCUCCUUAGAAAAAACUGGGAAUCUACACUCACAGAAGGAAAAAAACAUAAAGACAAAUUCAAAGUAGCUGAAAAUAGGUCUCCACAUGUGCUCAUUUCCCGUCUCAGCACUGAGGUUUCAAGUGUCCCUCCAUCCAGAAGUUCUGAAACCCUCAGCAUGUCCUUGGCUUCCCACCUUAAUCCACCCCAGUUUUCUCAGAUCCGUCGCUUCUCCAACAACUUCUGUAGUGAUUUGAGUGGUGUAAUGACAAUUCAAGCCAAACCACUUCAGCAGAGACCAACCUAUGUUGCAGAUAAAACACAGAAUGAGCACGAUGACAAACUGUCUGGAAUAGGGGUCAGCGCUUUUUCUUCUUCACGUCACCGACUAGGAUGCAUCUCAGAUCCACGUGGACUACAGACUUCUGCCAAGAAAACACCAGCACAUAGGAGGCUGCCUUCGAUUACUUCAGAUUCACAGAGACUGAAAACUCCUAAUGUUUACAACGAUGACAUUCUGAGGGGAACAAAACUGCAAACUGGCAUAGACCACAUGUCAACCCCUGCAGUUCAAACCUUCCGGAGCAGGUUACCCCCAAUAGGCUCUGAGGCUGGAGAGCAAAACAUCUCAGUUUUUAGAUCCCGCCCUGUUUUGUACCGGGGAAAGUAUCCACAAAACCGCGUGUUAAGUGCAAUGCCAGACAGCAUAGAACGAUCGCCUCUUCGAGAAAGAACCAUCACCCUGGAACAGCUUUCAAGACCCAGCACAACUCAUACAUUCCAGACAGAGACACCUCGCAAAGGUUCCUUGACACAGAUGGACUUUACUGCUCACACUUGGACAGGUCAAAGUGUUUUAACAGGUUCCCAGUAUCUGCCUAAAUCUUUUCAGAGGACAACUCUGACUUCAAGAAAGAGGUUCCAAGUGGCAUCUUGACAUUACUGCACAGAAUUACGGACUUGCUGGAGCAUUUGAAGCCUCAUACAAUUUGUGGCUGAAAAGUGGAGGAACAAGUAUUAUGCUUGUAUUACUAUAUGCUUAUCACUGUGUAAUGACCUAAAUGUCAGACUACCCCAGAGAAACUCAAGUGAAUAAGUAACUUAGUUUCAAACACUGCAUUAUAAAGAGAAUAAAAGUCAGACUCCCCAACCUGAACUGGAAGCUUUCCUGAAAUUCCUCAGACUGUGCUCAAAAUACUCUAAUAUACCUUUAAAUAUCCCCCUGCCCCGAACAGUUACACUCUCAAUGAAUGUUCACACUCAGAAUAAGAGCACAUUAUACAAGCCUAUGCCUUUGUAGCUCUAUAUCUUCACAUAUUUUUAUUAGUCUCAAUAAUUACAUCAAAGCUCUAAUCAUUAAGACAUACUAAUUCUUAAAAAUAGUCAUAUUUGAGACAAUUAUUUUCAUUUGGAAAAAGAUUCUGAUUAUUCUAGUCAUCAUGCUGAUUAAAAAAUCAUUAGUAUUACAUAAAGUGAUGGGUUUCAUAAUGACUUUCCUAUACCUUUGUUAUAAAGUGAUUUUGUCAUAAAUGUCCUUGAGAAAUCUCAUAAGCUGAUCAUAUUAAAACAUGAAGUAAAAUGGUUUUCAUUGUUAAAUUCAGACAGUGCAUUUUAAAUACCCCACAUUUAUUAACUUCUAAAGCUAAAUAUAAUCACAAUUUAGAAUCUAUUGCAUAUGGUUCCAUUUUUAUUACUUCAGUUGAAGUUUUCGCCACCUGGACAGAGAAUGCAACACCUGCAUCCUAGUGCCCAACAGUCUACUCUUUGCUGAUGUCACUCUGAGCCCUUUGCUUAAAGUAGCAUCUCCCUUUACCCUGUGUCCUCUUGCUCCACUCUGUAUUCUUUAGACCGCAUGUCCACCUGAUUAAUAGAGUCAAUAGAGUUGACGAGAAGUGUCAGUGGAGGCAAGGCUCCUUUACAGUGUUUAUAUCUUGAUUCAUUUUCAGAUAUACACAUCUCAGAUCAGCACAAUUUCCUUUUUUCUGUCAGAUAAUCACAACUUAUCAAUCUAAAUCUCAUUCAUUCAAAAUGAAACUUUCUUUACAUGCAUAUACAUAUGUACAUGUAUAACUAUGUUAAAUUAUUUUCAUAUGUGUUUCUGGUCAUAAGAAUUGGGAAUCAUUAUCUAUUUAGAGAUGUUUGGAAAUAGACAAAUCUACUGAGAGCAGAAUUAGAGCUGCUCUUUAUCACAGAAUGACAAUCUACAAGUGACCCCAGAACUUGCCUUCAUUUGGAUCAUUUCUUCUACACUCUCCCCACUCCGUUUUCUACAGCAGUGGGACAUGUUAGGGAAUGGAAACACACCCAAUCGCUAUAUCCCUACCUCCAUUUAAAAGGCCACUCUAAGGAACUCUAACUCCCUAACCCCAGUGAAUAUUUCCUAGUGUUCAGUUUCACACAUCAAGCAGAUCAAAGUAUUUUGAGAACUGUCCAAAUUAUUCCUCAUCAGAAGUUAUGGAAACCCUUCAUAUGAAAAAUAAGGAAGCUUUUCAGAGAAAAUGGAACUUUUCUACAUAGAGGCAUUUCCAGAUGGGUGGUUGGAGCCCUAUACCCAAGGUUCCUGGCUGGUUGUUCUUGGGUCCUUUGCUACUGCUAAGAGAGCUAUCCACUCUGCCCUCUCACAGCUGUUCAGCCUACUUCAUAUCAAUUUCCAUGCACCAUCCAGCUGCUCCUCCUCUCAUCCAAAAAUUUUGUAAAAGAGAUGGCUGACAGACCAUUGAACAAUGAGGUAAUGGGUCCAGAUCAUUUUUUUUCCUAGUGAACCACUGCAGCUAUUUAAAGUAGAUUCACUAUGUUUGGCUUUAGAGGUUUACAAUUGGGAACUUACUGUUUAUAAUAAAAAAUAUUUUAAAAAUAGAAUCAGGUACAAUUCUUAUCUCCCAGACA